AUGGCAGGAGUGCCGCAAUCAGGGGUAGGAUCGAGUUCGCGAUCGUCCUCUCUUGAGAAGGGCUCGCAGGACUAUCGUUUGACGGUGCUGGAGCCUGAGCAUCAUGACGACUCCGACAGCAGCCAGCUGGUUGUGAUUGGGCGGGAAAGCUCCGACCUGCGGCCCGAUGCCGCCACGAGGGAGCCUCUGCUACCAAUUUCAUCCCCGAGUCCAAGUCAAAAUCGUCAUCAUGAGCUCGGGAAAUUCUCAUGCUCCUUAUCUGGCAUUCGUACCUGGAUCAAAGGUCCAGUCCCGCCAGUCGAGUACAAAAUCACCCCAUGGCUAGCCCGCUGGCAGACGGCCCCGAGCCGUUACAUUGAGCGUCUCCUUCCGAGCACCCGCGCCAGAGUCUCGCUUCUGGUGGUUGGUAUCGCCCUGUGGGGAGUGGUGUUUUUGACCAUCCUGCACUAUUCGAUUACGGGGCAAGAGAUUCCUGGAUAUGGAACUCCAGUCAAGCUAUCGUGUCAUGCACGACUAUGGUAUAAUUCCACAGAGUGUGGUCUCGACGGCGAGGCCUGCCGUCCGUUUGAUAACGGUGGCUUUGCCUUUCGCUGCCCCGCCAGCUGUGCGGAUGCGAUUCUGCUCGAGCCGUAUGUUGUCGGGCCUGCAGAGUACAACUAUCGUCCGCUAGUCAUCGGAGGAUCCCUCCAGGACAAUUCCACUGCAGACACUCCAGCUAGCUUUGGAGACAUAGGCAUCUACCGCGGCGACUCCGCCAUCUGCCCUGCGGCACUCCACGCCGGCCUGAUCAACAGCCAAACCGGCGGCUGCGGCGUGCUCCGCCGCACAGGCGAGCAUAACGACUACCCGUCUGUCUCCAAGAACGGGAUCACGAGCAUCGGCUUCGCAUCCUCCUUCCCGCUCUCCUUCACCUUCAACACCAACUCAUCCGAGAGAACCAGCUGUCGUGACCAGCGCUGGCCGCUCUUCACCUUCUCGCUCAUCACCACCACCCUCCUCUCCCUCUGCACCACCUCCUCCGCGGGCUUCUUCGCCUCCAUCUACUUCAUCGUCUACUUCCAAGUCGCCCUCUCCUCGGACCCCCCGUACUCCCCCGACUACCUUGAGAUCGUCUCCACAGCCCUGGGCCGCUUCCUCCCGUGCGCCAUCGUCGGCUGGGCGAUCUACCACUUCGCUGUGCGGCGCACACUGGCCCACAACCUCCCCGCGCGCUGGGACCAGACCGUCCUCUGGCUGGGCCCCUGCUGGGUCGGCGCCCUCAACACCGACACCUUCGACAAGAUCCCGAUCUCGCGCCUCACGCCGCACGACCUGCAGCAGCAGCCCGGCGCCAUUCCCGCGCUGCUAAUAAUCGUCGCCUGCCUGGUCCUCAUCGUCCUCACCCAGGCCCUAGCUUUUCGGAAUGAAGGCCGCCUCCCGCAGAUGCUGACCGUGUAUGGUGUCUUCGUCGCCGGCAUCGCCUUGCUCCUUUCCGUGCCCCACAUGAACCUCCGCAUCCAUCACUACAUCCUCAGCCUCCUGUUCCUGCCGGGCACCACCCUGCAGACCCGCCCCUGUCUCGUGUAUCAGGGCCUGCUGGUGGGGCUGUUCGUCAACGGCAUCGCGCGCUGGGGCUUCGAUUCCAUCCUGCAGACCGGCGCGGCGCUGCUCGAGGGCGCCCAGUUGGGCAGUGUGCUGCCCGUCGUCGGGACGCCGGUUGUGCUGGGCGCCAGCCACAUUGCUUUCGCUGUCGGCAGGGACGCGCUGAUGAACGGCACCCGCGGGCCGUCGGCGGGAGAUGGGGUGAGUGUUUUGGUUAACGAUGUCGAGCGGUAUAGAGGCUUUUGGUCGGAUUUGGUUCCCGGUGCCGGUGAUGUUGAUGCUGAUGCUGGUGGUGGUAAUGCUACGGUCGCUGCUGCUGCUGUUGCUGCUGCUGGGGAGGGAUUGUUCAAUUGGACGAGGCAGACAGACAGCGAGGAUGAGUAUUUCCGAUUCGCGUUUGUGCGCUUGAAUGCCUUGGGUGGGUUCUGGUAUGAGGAUUUCACGAAGCCUGGGGUUUGGACGAGGGAGGGGGAGUGGGUGGGGUGGGAGGAGGUUGAGAAAGAUACGGAUGGUGAUGGUGAUGGUGAUAAUGGUGGGGAGAGGUGA